AUGGAACAAAAUGGUAUCUACAAAGUCUACAUUGAAGAUGUCAGUACUUUUAGGAUGAUUAUGUGGAGAUGCAGACAAUCGGGCUGUGAUGAGAUCUUGAGUCCGAUUGUGGCUAGGGAUCCCACUGGUAGUAGUGGGUCUAGUAAAGACGAUCCGAGGUACUGCCGAAAGUGUCAACAAACUGUGACAAAUCCGGUGGCAAGCUAUUAUGUUACGAUGCUUGUUUGUGAUAUGGCCAAAGAUAAACUGACAGAAUAUAAGCUCUAUUCUGGUGCUGUCGAAACCCUGAUUGGCUGUGAAGUAGACGAAUUACUUGAAGCAAGUAUGAUUGAUGAUGUUCCUGAUUUAUUGGAAUUGUUAAGGAUCGCUCUCAGGGGAUCAUUAUGUGAUAUAUUUCUACGGUCUGAAAAGAAGGAUGAAGAUGUUGUUAGCAGCAUAUACCUUCAUGGAAGAAAUGGUCUUCAAAUGUUGUUCUUGAAGAAUUGA